GUUUUUGUUCUUUUACUUCCGCUCUAGUCGAGGGAUCCGAAGGGAAGUAGGCGGAGGACCCGUUCAUUGUUUUGAUUUCGAAAUUCUAGCUUAAAAUUUUUAUGAUGACGUCUAAAUUGAUUAAUCUUUUGUCAAAUAAGUUGAGCAAUGAUUCUGAUAACAUCGCUAAGAUACAAUAUGAGUUCUUGGGUCUUUGUGUGAAAGCUUCUAGUGCAGCAAAGUGUCAGAAUUACUUUGAUAUGGACGCACUAAAGAGUGGAGUGGGCGUAACAAGAAAAAUAUGCAUUCCUCCUGAGAUGAAGGUUUGCGUUAAUGAAGGAUUAAAUAUAUGGAAUGAGAUAUGCAAGGGAUGCAAAGGAAAUCACAUGUGGUUUAUUGCUGGUGGUUAUGCGUCGUUUCUAUCAGGAUAUACUAACAGAUAUUCUGAUGUUGAUGUGUACAUUAACUGUACCAAAAACUUGGCAAAGGGACCAGACAAUCCGAAUACUGAAGUGCCAGAUCACAUUCAGAUUGAAAAAUAUGCUAGGAAUGUGGUCAACAUGCACUUUCUAAACACUGAAAAAAUCCCAACCACAACUGUACAAUUUGUUCAAGUAGAUUUUUCACUGAAUGGCCCCAAAAGUUCACCAGUGAAAUUCCUUGAUACAAUGAUGGCAUAUGUACUGUCUUCUACAUUCGACAUGCCCAUAUGCCGAGUUGCCAUUCGAAUUUCGCUAGCAGAAGCUGAUGAUGCUUACAUCAUAGAUUACAGAGCAAUAGAAGGUUACAACAAGCAUCCAACUGAAUCAAGAAUCUUAAAAUAUCGUGAAAGACAAGUUGGUGGUCAAAGCUUUUGUGUUCCAUCACUCAAAUCACUAUGUGUUAGAUCAUUUUUUAAGUAUAGUUAAUGCUUUCAUAGCACAUUCAAUGUCAAAAACAUAAUAAAAUCUUAAAAAACACAA